AUGAGCCUAUUGUCACCAGGUAUGGAUACCAGAGAUUAUAAUGGGACGUCUGGAAGGGAAAACACUGUGCGGGACUGGGGAGAAAAUGCGGCAGAGACAUUGGCACGAAGAUUCUCUCCGAGUGAGCCACGACGAUCGCGGGGUCCUGGCUUGGAGACAACUAUUCGCACAGUUACACCCGAACCUAUUGAGGUAACAGACGACAAUUUAUGCAUACUAGAGACUCCACCUAGGCUCUUUCCAUCUGUACAAACAUCGCCGCGAUCGAUCCCUGGCGGAGAAAAGCCUAGAGAACGCCGCCAAGGCCUUGUUUUCCAUGAUUCAUAUAGCAGUGACUCUAUUGACAAGCCUCCUCAGAGUAACAUGAGUCUUCGAUCUCGACCUCGAACAUAUACCGUAGAUGCUACCACACGAAAAAGAUCUGGAUCGAGAGGGGCUCCUAAAAAUAGACAACGAAUUGGCUCAAUACAUUCCACAAACUCAUCAUCUUUCCAUGAUAUCGAGCCACGACCCGAUAAUAAUACUGCUAUCGGAUAUCCAUCUACUAACAGAAACACAUUGACUAAAUCCAACUCUCUUGAGAAGGAAAAGGGGUCAGGUAGACGAUUGGUCAAAAAGCAUUCCCGGCCGACUUCGCCAUUUCAGGCAUUUGUAGAUAUACCUGCCAUCGAUUCUCUUCCAGAUCCUGUGCCUACUGGGAACACUAAGAAAAUAUUGGGUCUUAUGAAAAGUUUACGCGGUCGUAUGAGGGGUGAAGUCGAGUAUCAGACAGUGGAACGCGGGCAAUGGUAUCGAGGUGUGUGCUAUAUUGACAACGUGAAAGGCUCUUUAAUGUAUGAGGACGACGAUAAAGGACGUUUUCACAUUGCUGUAGCAACCGACCUACGAGGAUGUAGGGUCAAACCGAUCAGAUACUCAUUGGAACGUCAAGUCAGGUGUCUGGAGAUAAUAAAUCCAAGUCUCGGCUUGGACCUUCGUCUUUUACCGACGGAUCCUGCUGAAUUUGAUCCCUGGUUAGCAGCGAUACUGCCAUGGCAACAGAUCAGGUUAGCUUCGUCUUUGACAAGUCCGCUGAAAUCCCCAACAGGGCAUCACGACGACAGACGCCCAACAGCAGUGGAUCGACGAGGUUCCGCGUAUAGUAAUAAAGACUCAAAUAUUAUCAAAGUAGCCAAGCUCCUUUUGUGGGACAAAGGGCCGCCCCUAUCCCCUGAGUCCAUUAUCACUCGUCGUUCGACACGACAUCUGCGUAACUCUGGACAACAGUGGCGUCGAAUAUCCUGUAUACUGCAAGAUAAUGGCGAUCUUAAGAUUCUGACCGAAAAUGAUGCUUUAUUACUUUCAGUCGUUCAGCUCCCACAACUUUCCAGAAGCGCAAUACAAAAGCUUGACAAGUCAGUACUAGGAGAAGAAUAUUGCAUUGCCAUAUUUCCACAGUACACUUCUACAUCCACAGACUUGUCUAUAUUUAGACCUAUCUACCUAGCAUUAGAAUCACGAUUGGUAUUCGAAGUGUGGUUGUGUCUCUUGAGGGCUUUCACAAUUCCAGAAAUCUAUGGUCAUGAUACCCCACAGCAAAUAGAAGCUCAUGAUGAAGGUGAAGAAUUGCCUGAGGGAUAUCCUUCUGCAACUAACGAUAUGUUUCGAAUUGAGAAGUCUCUCAACAUGCGAAUCAUUGAAGCUAAAUUUCGGAAAUCUGGCAUAAGGGCAGAGUUACCCCAGUAUGGCAGGCAUUCGGUAAGGCCAGAGCCAGAUGGAAUUCUCGGUGACUACUUUGCAGAGGUUAUGCUUGAUGGUGAGGUUCGCGCCCGUACAAUAACAAAGCUGGAGACUAGGAAUCCAUUCUGGAGAGAAGAGUGCGAAUUCACGGAUCUGCCUCCUUAUUUACCAAAAUUAUCGAUAGUUUUGAAACGUAUGGAAAUGUCACAGUUAACCGUGCAAGGAUUCUUGUCAAGUUCAAGCGUUCAAGUGGCGGACCAGCAAGUAGAAACUAUCUGUGGAGUAGUUGAAAUAUCUGUUGACAAGCUCGAGCGAGGCAAGGAUAAUGAGGCAUGGUGGCCAAUUUUGGAUCAAAAUCAAGAGCAGGUUGGGGAGAUGUUAAUGAAACUUCGACAUGAUGAAGUUGUUGUACUUCUUGCCAAAGAUUAUCAACCAAUCUCUGAACUUCUACAUAAUUUCAACAAUGGGCUGACACUCCAAAUAUCUCAAGUCAUACCCAAUAAUCUCAGACAGUUAUCUGAAACACUGCUAAAUAUAUUCCAAGUAUCUGGAAACGGGUCAGAAUGGCUAAAAGCCCUGGUUGAAGACGAAAUUGAUGGCAUUGGAAAAGAAGCACCAACAAAACGACUUAGAUACAGCAGGAGGAUUGGCUCAAAUGAGGUUUCCUUCACGUCCAUUGAACGGGAACAAUCAGUUCGAGAUAUGGGGAAAAGUCUCAAUACUGAAGCGAAUCUUUUGUUCCGAGGAAAUUCCUUACUAACGCAAGCUCUUGAUUUUCAUAUGAGACGAGUCGGGAAGGAAUAUCUCUCUGAAAUCUUGGGAGAUCAGAUUCGUACCAUCAACAACAUUAACCCUGAUUGCGAAGUCGACCCAUCUAGAAUUGAUAACGACGGUGCAUUCGAGAAGAAUUGGAUCUCGUUGAUUGCUUUAACUACUGACGUCUGGAGAUCAAUAGCAGAUUCUGCAACUCGAUGUCCACCAGAAUUGCGACAAAUCUUCAAGUACAUCCGUGCGGUUGCUGAGGAUAGAUACGGAGAUUUUCUUCGUACUGUCGCAUAUACUAGUGUCUCUGGAUUCAUAUUUUUAAGAUUUUUCUGUCCAGCAAUUCUCAACCCAAAAUUGUUUGGACUACUCCCCGAUCAUCCCCAACCAAAAGCUCAACGAACAUUCACUUUGAUAGCAAAAAGUUUACAAGCCUUGGCAAACUUAUCAAGCUUUGGUCAAAAAGAGUCAUGGAUGGAACCGAUGAACAAAUUUCUUUAUCAGCAUCGUCAAGGUGUGAAGGAUUUUCUCGAUUCUAUUUGUGCUAUAGCCCCGGAUCGUACAACAUUUGCAGUUCCGGCGUCUUAUUCGACGCCCAUCACCAUUCUCGCAAGACUACCUCCCACUUCUCGAGAAGGAUUUCCUUCUUUACCGUAUUUGAUUGAUCAUGCACGAAGUUUUGCUGAUUUGGUCAAAUUAUGGCUAGAAGGAACCUCGCAUUCCAUGACUCAAUACUUCGAAGGCGAUCUUGCUGUAUUCAACGAGUUGUGUAUAACUCUCAAGAAACGCACCGAUGAAUGUAUACUUAAAGCCGAAGAGUACGGUGAUCGCGUCGCCGAUCAGAUUUCUCUUCAAUUCGAAGAUAUAGUCGAAGGUCUUCAAAGUACACAUUUCCACGAAUCCCCUCAAAUUCUACCACUCCCCCCAACACAAUCACAUUCCCAACCGGAAUCAGAACACCAGCAUCCUAUCCUCCCACCUCCUUGGCAGGACUACUCAAUGAGUAAUAGCAAUGCCACAAGUAUAAAUAAUACAAGCCAAACACAUCUUCGCGCACCUGGUUCCGCGGGUAGUGGAAGUGAAAAAAUAGGUACGAUCUCUAUCUUAAGUAAUAAAGAUAAAGAAAAGAAAGAGAAACAAAAUUUCUGGGAGGCAACUUUUGGAAAGGACUCAAAAUAUCAGAGACCUUAUGCACCACCAUUAGAUCAUAAUGCACAACAAUUGGGUAUGCAAGCCUCUAGUCCGCCUGGGGGAAAGGCAUCAGGGGGUCUUGGACUUAAUAGACAGGAGAAACAAAGUAGGAGUUUUCUAGGUGGAUUGAGGAGAAAGGGAAAACAGGAACCGAAGAGUCAGGGGAGUGGAAGUAGUAAUGAUGGGGGUUUCAUAAUGGCACCUGCACCUGCAACAGGGAUGGGAAUGGGUAUCCCAGAGGGAAUGAGUAUUGAUACUGGGAAUGGAAGAGGCGCCAGGGGAGAAGGCUUCAGAGAGGAAAUUGUGUCGCCGACGAUGGCCAGUUGGGGACAUAUACAGAGAGAAGGGAGGGGUGAUGGGGGUAUGUUUUAG